AUGAAGAACUGUACGAUCAUUACGGCAAUACUUUGCGCGGGUUCAUUAGUCAGUGGAUUGUUCCUACCUAUAAUUGGGUCUAAUAAACAGGUAGAUAAAGAUGCUAGUGGAAUACUAGAUAUAAUAGAUCGAUCAAUUCUACCACACACAGCUCAAGCACCAUUAUCUGGAAAUGAAGCUUUGCAUGAACAGGAGGAAAUUCGUGGUUUAGUAAGGUUUGCUCAUAAUGUAUUGAAGGGCGUUGGAAAAGAAGUAGCACAAGUAUUGAACUUGGGAGAUAAUAUCUUAAACAGAAAAGAAGCGGAUCGUGCACUUGAUUUGGAACCUGAAUUUUUGCAACUCCUGCCUGCUAACCUAAGUGUAAAGGAUCAAGUUGAUGCCAUACUUCCAGGAACUCUUUGGUGCGCAGUACACGAUAGGGCUGAAAAUGAUAAUGAUUUGGGCUUACUCAGAGACACCGAUAAUUGUUGCAGAGCACAUACUCGAUGUACUGAUAAUUUGCCGGCAGGAGAAGAAAAACAUGGUCUCAUUAAUACUGGAUUAUUUACGAGAUCUACUUGUGAUUGCGAUCAAGCAUUCUACAACUGCUUAGAAAAUGCCAAUAACAUUUUUGCAAAAAAAGUAGCCUACACUUAUUUCACAGUUUUAGGUCCACAAUGCUAUACAUAUGAUUAUCCAAUUGUGGAUUGCGAGAGAAGACAUAUAAAAAGAUGUGUAAGUUACACCAGGGACGAAACUAAACCAAAGACUUGGCAAUGGGUCGACAAUGAUCUUUAUUUAUAAAAAAGAUAAAUAUUUUAAAAAUUGCAAAGGCAAAAUCUUAUAAUAUUAAUUGUAACUAAUAUUGUAUUUUACUAUAUUUUCUUCUACUGUUUAUCACAUAUUAAUGA